GUGGGGGCGUGGCUUGCGGUGGGGGCGCCCCGUGGUCCAAGGUUCGGUUUGUCCGAGCCUACGUCCCGCCUGCGUCUCGCCCGCGGAGCAGGAGUUUUUUCUGCCCUGGGGCUGCAAGUGAUAUCCCCGUUAGGGGUAUGAACGUGUGUCGGACUCCUGCGUACCAGACGUGUCAUACGGAGGCUUCUCGCAAGGUAUUCAGAUCACUAUGGCAACUGCAAGAAACAUGAUGAGAGCUGUCAGAGUUUUUGAGUUUGGUGGACCUGAAGUGCUUAAGCUCCAGUCAGAUGUCUUGCUGCCUGUUCCAAAAGAAAACCAGGUUUUAAUCAAAGUCCAUGCAUGUGGAGUAAACCCUGUGGAGACAUACAUUCGUUCUGGUGCAUAUUCUAGAAAGCCAUCAUUGCCAUAUACACCUGGCUCUGAUGUGGCUGGAGUAAUUGAAGCAGUUGGGGAACAUGUCACUUUAUUCAAGAAAGGUGACAGGGUUUUUACCAAUGGUACCAUCUCUGGUGGCUAUGCAGACUACGCAGUUGCUUCAACUGAUACCGUCUUCCCUUUGUCAGAUAAACUGGACUUCAAGCAAGGUGCAGCCAUUGGGGUCCCAUAUUUCACUGCUUUCCAUGCUCUCUUUCAAAAAGGAUGUGCCAAAGCUGGAGAAAGUGUGCUAGUCCACGGAGCAAGUGGUGGAGUUGGAAUAGCAACAUGCCAGAUUGCCCGAGCUUAUGGCUUGAAAGUUUUGGGUACAGCUGGAACACAGGAAGGAAUGAACAUUGUUUUGAGAAAUGGAGCCCACAAAGUAUUCAAUCACAGAGAAGCUGAUUAUGUUGAUAAGAUUAAGGAAUUCAUUGGCAUGCAGGGAGUUGAUGUGAUAAUAGAAAUGCUAGCUAACGUCAAUCUUACCACUGAUUUGCAUCUGCUGUCACAAGGAGGAAGGGUGAUGAUAGUGGGAAGUAGAGGUCCUAUUGAGAUCAAUCCAAGAGACACGAUGAGUAAAGAAUCCAGUGUUAUUGGGGUCGCCUUAUUUUCAGCAACUAAGGAGGAGAUGCGUGAAUGUGCUGCAGCACUUCUUGCUGGCAUAGAAUCCAGCUGGCUGAGACCAGUCACUGGCCCUGAGUAUCCAUUGGAGAAAGUGGCUAAGGCUCAUGAAAACCUCAUUCACAGCAGUGGUGCCUUGGGAAAGAUGGUGCUCCUAAUCUGAGAAGUUAUGUCAAAUAAAGUCUUUUCCCACUUAAACUGUGGUUUUCUUGCCAUACAUUUAUAUGGCUCAUUUAUCACAUUUUGUAAAGUAUGUUAGUGAUCAGGUUUUACAGUAAGAGCAAGCGCUAGUGUGGACAGAGAACAGUAAUAAAGAACAGAAUUUAUUUAUAAUGAAAAACAGUGAUCCAGUAUUAAGUGCUGCUUUGAUUUGGAAAUCUCUCCUCUCUGUUGUGGUCUUGUGACAGUGGAACACUGACACCAAGGCUGACAUGUGCCACUGUGCUCUACUACAUACUCUGCUUGGAGGCCCUGAAAAAUUUCAGCUAGUGUAGAAUGUAGCUUUCAGUGGGCACAUCUAUAUGAGACAUUUUACUGCGGAGCUGACUAAUUCUGCAGUAAAGUGUCAGUGAGAAGUUUACUGCAGCCCUAUUAGGCCACAGUAAACUAAUAAAUGCCACCAUAGGAUCAUGCUUGUGCCCAGCCAGUCCCUCUGCAGCGCUUUGAGCUGGGGGAGCAGCCCCGGGUUGGCAGGCUGCCCCACCCUGCCCCCACUCCCGUGGGCUCCCUGUCAGCUGGGGCUGCUUUGACUUGGUUCAACAUGUUGCAGUCCCAGGUACAUGUGUAAACGUGGUGCCCAGGAGCAAUAAACUCAUCCCAAACUGCACUAGAGUUUAUGCAGUCACGUUAAUUUGCAUGCAUAGAUGCAAAGUGGGACAAAGUGUGUAAUUAGAGCUCUGUGAAUUCCUUAGUUUUAGAUUUGUCAUAUUAUUCACUGUCUGCCACAGAAUUGUGCUUCAGAACCAGAGCUCUGAUUUUCAAAUGGCUAAUUCUGUACCUCUUAUGGUUGUCAAGAGCCUCCUAGAUGUAGAUGCAGGAUGUAGCCUGAAUGUAGACUGAGGAAUAACAUUACCUCUGUUUAUCUCAAGCAGUAUUUCAGAGAGAGGUGCUGUUGUCCUUGUAAUUUCAAUGGGAUGGUGACUUUGAAGCCCAGCAUUGGUGUUACCAUCUUACAGCUGAUUGUUUUGGUUGAUUCUGUGUGGUUCAAUUGGGUGACUAAUAAGAAGUUCAUUUCUUCCCAACACUUCACUAUGAAUUUAAAAUCCCAUUGGCCCUUGCCCAAAAUGGGAGUGAAAAAGGAGAUGUGCCUUCCUGGGUGUUAAAAAGUCAACCUGCCCUCCCCUAAUCAGCAGGCCCUUAUAGAUACAAAAUUCACAUUGAAAAUGUGUCUACUUUGUAGAAUAAAUGAAUGCAGGAUAAAUUGAUGACUGCUGUACUGAUUUUUAUUAGGUUUUUAUGGCUAAUCUGAUUUAAAAAAAAAUCUCAAUGUGCAACAGAAUGUACAGGUGCUGCACCAGGGGACUUUACAGCAGGUAUCAGGCCCAGAUCACUCUUUUUUUUUUACUCUUGUUCAACUCUCAUGACAUGAGUGAAUUGAAUCUGUUGAUCUUGGGGCUUGGGGCUAGUAUUAAUGACUUUAUUUUUAUGUAAUAUUUGGAGAUAUUAAUAAACGCUGACCAACUGUA